AUGACCCAGAAAGCACCCCGAAUCCCAGACCAGAUAUGGAACCAACACAAGGAAACAAUCAUCCCCUUCUACAAGGCAACUUCAUUACCCGAGACCAUAAAAUAUAUGGCCGAGCAACAUGGUUUUCGAGCUACGAAGAACCAAUACACCGAUAAGCUGAAAAAAUGGGGAGUUCAGAAAUAUUACCCCGGCAAUGACUGGGCGGUCAUCCGAUCCACGAAGCGGAAACGAAGCGAGCAGGGCAAGGAAAGCGAUGUGUAUAUCCGCGAGCGCAAGUACACUCGAAAGGAACAAGAAAAAGAAAUUGCGCGCCAUGUUCCCCUGGGACGAGAAUGGUGCGAUUCUGAAGAUGCUCUCCCGGAUUACAUUACUGUGUGUACACCCAAAGGAGAGGUGGUUGGCGUCCAUCGCGACUACCUUCUUCGUGAUCUCCCUUGGUACCAUUUCAUACAGCAGAUACAAGCACACGUGUCAGGGACACUCCAAGCGAAUAUGGCACUGAUGGCACUGUCCACUCCUGGGACCUUCCUGGAGCGAGCCAUUGCAAAUCUUAAUCCUCGGUGGGAGGCAAGUCUCCCACCAUUGAUUGUGGGGUUUGGUGUCUUUGGCGAUACGCAAAAUAGCCUGAGUGCAUAUCUUCCACCUGAAGACCGGGACAUGUCAACGAGAUUGCGGAAAAAAUCCCCAUUGUCAGUCUUCCAGAUGUUCCUGAAACACGUUAUAUUUUUGUCAGCGAACAAUCUACUCGAGGAAUCGGAGUUUAACAAAGUCUGCGUAUGGAUCGUGGAAAAAGGUGGUACAGAUAUCCUCAUCUUUUUGUGCCAGCUCCGGUCCCCAUUAAUGGAGGUAUUCAUGAAAAAGGUCUUCCUCAGCGCCGUUGAGUGUGGCAACGUGGCACUUGGUCGCAGGGUUCUUCAGGGCCAAAUCCGUCUACAUCCCGGUAUUCCUUCUCAGCGCCAGUUUUGGACCAACUGUCUUAGCAGUGCGGCGGGUGUCCACCGGGAGAUCAAGUGGAGGUGGUGGCAAGAUGAUUGGAAGCUGCUACUCCCGAUUGUACGAACGUUGCUCGACUAUGGUGCCCAUCCAGAGACAUUCGUUAAAAAUGAAGGUGCUGGGUACCCUUUAAUCAGUGCAGCGCUGAACGGUAGCUUGGACGCCGUGGGAUUGCUUCUGAAUAAGGGAGCUCGAGUCAACCUCUAUCUUUGGAACUAUUAUGGAACUGCUUUGCAAGCCGCCGUUCUUCGAGGUCACUCGGAGGUAGCCAAAUAUCUUCUUCGACACGGAGCGGACGCCAAUAUCCGCGAUAUACAACAAAUCCAAUUUCUUGAUUGGGGAAUAGAUGACUCUGAAUAUCAGUGGGCCCCUAUACUAACGCCUGUCCAAAUUGCUGCGAAGACGAACAAUCUGCCUCUUCUCCAAAUAUUGCUGGAAUACGGAGCACCUGCCAUGGCUUGCCCGGUUUCUGCACACCCUGAUAUCAUACCUUAUCUUUCUGACCGAUUCUCCAAAAGGACUUAUAAGGCUCACUACGAAAACAGGCGACCAGUAUAUACUGCCUUGCAGUACGGAGUUAUGAACCACAAUGUGGAGAUUGUCGCACUUUUGCUAUGUGAAGGUGUCUCCCCAGACUCCCGAGUCGCACCCGGUGUAGACGACACACCCUUGCAGAUGUCGACAAGACUCGGCGAUGUUGAGAUGUUUAAACUGUUUUGGAGCUGGGGUGCUGACAUUAAUGCCCCCGCCGCGAGUCCAAACGGCCGCACUGCCUUGCAAGGCGCUGCAGAAAGUGGAAACUGGGAGAUCUUAUCAACACUUCUAUGCGCAGGCGUGCAAGUUAAAGAACCAGCAGGAGCAAAACAAGGCAUGACCGCAUUGCAGGCUGCAUGUCUAAAUGGAAAUUUGAUGAUAGUUGGGGCUUUAUUCGCUCGUGGGGCGCUUCUGAACGCAAGCCCAUCGUCCGUGGCGGGCCUAACACCUAUACAGGCGGCAGCCGUGCACGGAAACAUAGGGCUUGUGCAAGAUCUGAUUUCCCUUGGAUCUGAUGUCAACGCUCCUGCAACAGAGGGGGGUAUGACCGCUCUUCUCGCUGCUACAGAACACAAACAUCUGCCACUAGUUGAGUUACUCGUGCAGCAUGGCGCGGAUGUCAACGCAACUGCAGACCGUGCCCUCCGGUCCCCUCUUAUGAGCGCUGUCCGUAAUGACUGGUUCGACGGCGUGCGGGUUCUCUUGCAAAAUUCUGCAAAGGUUGAACAUCCACCGAUCUCUGAUGAGGAUGACGAGUACGAUCCAAGUGAUUUAUAUAGCCCUCUCGGGUGGGCCAUCAUGGACGAUUCCGAGGAGAUGAUAGACCUACUGCUGCAGCACGGAGCUGAUGUUGGUGCAGUAGCCGAAUACCACUCGGGCCUAGCCGCCCUAAUGUAUGCACUGGACGAAGGAUCUAGUUUUGAGGUUAUUGAUUUGCUGCUGAAAAAGCUCCCGAUCUUGGAAGAGCAUCCUGGUUGGGAAGAAGUGCUUGACCUUUUUCUUUUUGGCCCCUUGUACGACGACACAAUUGCUCGUCGGCGGAUACUUGAUAGAGUAAAAGAACUACCACCGCUGCUUCGUCGCAAAGCCGCCCAGGGGGCAUGGAAUAAAUUGUGUUAUCACGUGGAUGAUUUGGGUGAGUUGGAUUAUGAGGAAGAACUCAUGCGGAGUAAAAUUGGGCUGCUCCUAGAAUUCGGAGCAUCUUUGGAUUCUCGCGACUUGGAUGGGAGCACCUUGCUUAUGCGCACAGCUCAAAGCGGUAAUGAAAGGUCCUGCUCUUACUUGAUCAGCUGCGGUGCCACAAUUAACGUCCAGGCAGCCAGACACUGGGGAACACCUCUCCAGGAAGCCAUCAAGAACUCAAAUAUCAGUCUAGCCAACGUUCUACUGGACCAUGGAGCGGACAUCAAUGCCUCCCCAGCAGCCCACCGCGGAGUAACAGCGCUCCAGGCGGCUUCCAUCAAUGGGCUGUUCGAGCUGGCUAUACGAAUUCUCGAGCGAGGAGCAGAUGUUGCGGCGCCAGCUGCGCCGGAGGAGGGUAGGAUGGCAGUCGAUGGAGCCGCAGAGCGUGGCUACUUUGAUAUGGUCAAAUUGCUUUUGAACGCAUAUCCGGAAGACGCGGAUAUGAAGAGCAUACGGUGUCAGGCGGCGCGUUAUGCGGAAAAGGAAGGACACAUUGAUCUUGCUGAGUGGUUGCGUGAGGGAUAG